GGAUGCUAGGGAACUUUUACUUAAGCGUUCGCAAUCCCCGACUCUUGUCUUGAUAAUCUUCUCUUCUCUUCUCUUGACAUCAAACCUCACCACCAACCUUAACAGAACAUUUUAUCAAACCAAAUUCAACGAAGGAAAAAUCCAGUCCUAAAACAUACGCUUCUUAAUCGUGAGAAAAAGACUGAAGAUCGAUAUGAGCCUGUCAGAACCAAAGGUUUGCAAGAUGUUGAGGCCUACAAGGCUUUCACAGAUCGUCGAUAUGCUAAGUAUAGGAGCACAGGAGGAACUGCACGCAGGGAUCAAUUUGAACGCAGCAGAAAACAUCGUUCUGCGCCCAAACCCCCUGUUCCUCUAUUUGGACAAUCUCGCUCUCUUGAGCAAAAGACAAAUAAGGAAACUUUCGCUUACAGAUUAUCGAUGGAUUCGCCAGCCGGAGCGCGAAUCUCACAGGAGACAUUCACCACAGGCAGUAUGUACUCCCUAUUUCCGUCAACAUGUACCGAUACCGAGCUAGUGGCUCCUCCUCCCUCUUUCAAUCAGCCAGAAUUAUCCCACUUUAAUCCUAGAGAGAAUACCUGGGGAAAAGCGGAGAGCGACUUAUUGAUUUCGCAAAUCGGUUCGUGGGGUACCAAUGGAGAGCCCUGGAAACUCUUAGACGAGGAACAACAUAACUCAGUUCACGGCGCUAAUAGAAGGGAAGAUUAUGAGCAAUGGCAGAGAAAUAGAGCCGGGCACGAGAAAUGUAAGAUGGGGCUAUUCUUCAAGGGAAUGGGAAGAGACUAGAAAUGGAGAAUAAUUGAAAGCUUUUUACUUAGGAGAAAGCAUGUGAAAUGAACGAGCUGGGGAUGUGGCA